AGUACUACUACUGCACAAGAAGAAGACGAUUGGUGAUAUACAAUACUCUAAAAGCAAAGGAGAGUCCUAUGGGGGCGGCGCGGCAAAAGCCAAAAAUCUCUUGAGGUGAAGCUGUAUACCGACAUCAAUCAGCAGGUGAUGUUGGAUAAUGGGAUCGUCCAAGUCAAUUUCUCAAUACCGGAUGGUCAUGUCCUGGGAAUAAAUUACAAUGGUAUCGCUGACAUACUUGACGAUCAUAAUCGAAGAGAAGAUAGAGGGUAUUGGGACGUAGUUUGGAAUGAGCCAGGAGGCCCAAGUAUCUUUGAGAGAAUAGCAGGAGCAAACUUCACAAUUCUAACCCAGGAUGAAGACCAAAUAGAGCUUUCUUUUAGUAAGAUAUGGGAUAUUUCGCUCCGUGGAAAAAGUGUUGCCUUAAAUAUAGACAAAAGGUACAUAUUGCGGCGUGGGAUUUCGGGAUAUUAUUCAUACGCAGUAUUUGAGCGGCUUGAAGGAUGGCCGGAGGUGGAGAUUGAUCAAAUUAGGAUUGUCUACAAGCUCCGCAGUGACAAAUUUUGCUACAUGGCGCUAUCGGAUGAGAAGCAGAGGAUCAUGCCAACAAUGGAAGACCGUAUACAUGGCCAGCCACUCGCCUACCCUGAGGCUGUUCUUUUGACCAAUCCAGCCAAUCCUCAGCUUAGAGGAGAGGUGGAUGACAAGUAUCAAUACUCUAUAGAAAAUGAGGAUAAUAAGGUUCACGGAUGGAUAUCCCCUGACCCACCCGUUGGAUUUUGGAUCAUAACACCUAGCAAUGAGUUCCGUACAGCUGGGCCAAACAAGCAAGACCUCACCUCCCAUGCCGGUCCCAUUGCCCUCUCCAUGUUUGUGAGCACCCAUUAUGCUGGGAAGGACGUAGGGAUUAAUUUUGAAGAGGGAGAGCCAUGGAAAAAGGUUUUUGGUCCCAUAUUUGUCUAUCUUAACUCAGUUUCCAGUCAAAACAAUCCCCGACAACUUUGGGAAAAUGCUAAAGAGCAGAUGUUGAGCGAAGUGGGUAGCUGGCCAUACAACUUCACCGAAUCAGAAGAUUUCCUUCCUUCUGAUCAACGAGGAACAGUUGCGGGUCAAUUGCUAGUCCAUGACCGGUACAUCAAUGAGGAACUAAUGUGGGCGCAAUCUGCUUAUGUGGGUUUGGCGGCUCCCGGAGAGGUGGGAUCAUGGCAAAGAGAAAGUAAGGGUUAUCAAUUUUGGACCCAGGCGGACGAGAAUGGACGUUUCAUAAUAAAAAACAUCCUACCCGGGGAGUAUAAUUUGUAUGCAUGGGUCCCUGGUUUUAUUGGCGAUUAUAAGAAUGAUACCAAGAUUACUAUUAAUCCAGGUGGGGAGGUCCAAAUGGAUGUCCUUGUGUAUGAGCCUCCAAGACAUGGCCCUACUUUGUGGGAAAUUGGGAUCCCUGACCGCACUGCCGGAGAGUUCUAUGUACCAGACCCAUACCCAACGCUCAUGAACAGAUUGUACAGCAAUCAGCCAACUGAAAAGUUCAGGCAAUAUGGCUUGUGGGAAAGGUAUGCAGACUUAUAUCGUGAGCAGGAUCUCGUAUACACAAUUAAUGUUAGCGAUUAUCGCAAGGAUUGGUUCUAUGCGCAUGUUACGAGGAACAUAAAUAAUCGAACAUACGAAGCAGCAACAUGGAAAAUCGUGUUUGAACUUGAAAGUGUGAACAUCGGAAAUUACACACUCCAGUUGGCCUUGGCUUCGGCCAAUGAAGCUGAUUUGGAGGUUCGGUUCAACGAUGCGAGUGCCCAACCUGCACACUUUUUAACAGGAGUUAUAGGAAGAGAGAAUGCCAUCGCAAGACAUGGUAUUCAUGGAUUAUAUAGGUUUUACAGCAUUGACGUUGCAAGUAAUGUAUUACAAGAAGGAAACAACACAAUCUAUCUAACGCAAUCAAGAAGUACAAGUCCUUUCCAAGGAGUCAUGUAUGACUACCUUCGUUUAGAAGGGCCUCCCGAGGGGUACUCAUGACCCUACACGUACAAGAAUAUUUUUCAUCUCAAUUGCCCUCUACAUCUUAGAAAGCCACAGUGACAAAUAACUAUAUAUCUUGUAUAUUAAUGUAGCUAUCAAAAGGUUAAAUUAUUUGUUAUAUUGUAAGGCUAAGCAUCAGUCUUUCCUUGUA